UAUUAAUGUUAUCUGGAAACACUGUUCUCGACAUACUUGCACUUGUGCCUUUUACGUUCGUAUCAUGGUAGUAUAAUGGCAUUUGUUCGAUCUUAUCUGCUGGUUAGAUAUAAAAAUUCCGUGCUCGCGCAGAGGUUCUUUUCUUCAAUGUCCGACAAACGAGGUCUUGUGCUCGGUGUAUAUUCCUCCGAAGGUCAGGAUGAUGUGAAGUUCACCAAGUUCGCCCAGAAGUACAACGAAUCAACAGCUGGGAAAUUACUUGAGCAGAUCAAAAUCUCCACUGUUAUGUUCUAAAAAUAUCAGAGAUAUCAAGAUAGGAUUAAUCUACUAUCUGAAACAGAAGCGAAGUGAGUGCAGAAUACAGAAAUAAGGAUAAACAUUUUAAAAUACACCUACGUGAUAGAAGCAUACUGUUUUGGAAGCAAACACGAAGCCAGUACAGGAAGAAGCAAAAAUUGGCAUCGAAAUGACGACCCGUAGGCAGCUGUCGGAUGUGCAGUCUUCCUCAUCUAGCGGCGGUGGCACAAUGUCAGGAGGUGGUGGUGGAAUAGCUGAAGGGGGUGGAGGAGGUGGCGGUGUAUUAAGUGAUUCAAUGAUGUCUUCCCUUGGCAAGAAGCGAAUGACUGCACUGAAUGGAAUACCAGCUAGCAUCGACGACAAGAGCAACGAUUUUUUGUGUCCAAUUUGUUUUGAUGUUAUCAGUGAAGCUCACAUUACCAAAUGUGGCCACACAUUCUGUCAUCAUUGUAUUAUCAAGUCGAUAGAGAUGACAAAAAAGUGCCCAAAGUGCAAUUACACAUUACCUUCUCAUGAGUCCAUUGUGCCGAACUAUUUGCUUAACGAUUUGAUCACCAAGUUCAAGUUGAAAGGGAAACGGAACGAUUCUAGUAACACACAGUCGGGGGAUUCGACAGACACUCUAAAACAUUUUCUUGCAUCCGAAUCUAAGAAGCUUUCGCUGUCCGAUGUGAACGUGAUGCUUGAGAUUCUGAACCAGAGAAAAUUGUUACUUGAAGCCGAAUCCUGCGCUGCACAGAAUCGUUUAUUACACGAGUUUCUGAAGCAUUUGCUGCAGCAAAAAGAGCAACAGCAACUGCAGGUAGCAAAUGAAAUUGCGCUGAUCAAAAACGACAUAACGGACGUGGAAAAAAUUCUCAAAGAGGUACAAAGCAGUUGCCCUACAGUGGAAGAGGUUGAAAACAGUGUCAAGGACGAGAAGGACGAGCACGUUGUCGCUAUUAAAAAAGAAAUUAUACAGAUUAUUGAUAAAAUAGAUACCAUCACCGUCCCAUCGAACCGCAGUGAAACUUCGAGUGAAGGAUUUAAUUUGUACAAAAAUGAUCUCAGUUCGUCAUCGUUUAUGGCACGAAAACAACGGAUGUAUCAACAUUUCGACGAUUUUGUACAGUGCUAUUUUGCAGCUCGUAGCGAAGAGUUAUAUUUCGGCAAGGAUCGAUCCUUUAGUUCCGGAUCACUUGACACCUCAACACCAUCACGCUCUGCUGAUACAACUCGAUCCAGUCGAUCACUUGACACAUUUCGUGAAAACCUGAUAAAAUUCUCCAAGUAUAGCGCUCUUCGACCGUUGGCUACUCUGAACUAUUCCUGUGAAUCCAGCUAUGUAUCAACAAUUGUAUCAAGUAUCGAAUUUGAUAAAGACAGUGAAUAUUUUGCUAUUGCUGGUGUUACAAAACGAAUCAAGAUCUUUGACUAUUAUAGUGCAAUUCGGGACGCCGCCGUUGAUAUCAAUUACCCUAUCAAUGAAAUGGUUUGCAACAGCAAAAUUUCUUGUGUGAUAUGGAACAAUUACUUUAAGGAAGUGCUAGCUUCUAGUGACUAUGAAGGUAUAGUUUCGGUGUGGGAUGUAAGCACCAAAACACGAACGAAAGCAUACGAGGAACAUGACAAACGCUGUUGGUGUGUCGAUUUCAACGAAGUGGACACACGCUUGUUGGCAUCGGGAUCGGACGAUGCUAGAGUUAAACUGUGGUCUUUGAAUGUCGAUCAUUCAGUAGCAACGAUCGAGGCGCGAGCGAAUGUGUGCUGCGUGAAAUUCAAUCCAAAAAGCUCAUGUCACUUGGCGUUUGGCUCGGCGGAUCAUUGCGUCCAUUACUACGACCUACGAAACAUUAAAGAACCACUUUGUGUGUUUCGGGGACAUAAAAAAGCCGUUUCAUACGUAAAGUUUUUAAACACUACCGAAAUUGUGUCGGCUGGUACCGACGGACAACUGAAGCUGUGGAACAUCAACUCUCCUCCGUAUUGUUUGCGAUCAUUCACUGGUCAUAUUAACGAGAAAAACUUUGCUGGUUUAGCCACAAACAAUGAUUAUUUGGCUUGUGGUAGCGAGGACAAUUCUCUCUGUGUUUACUACAAAGGACUAUCCAAGCAGCUUUUCAACCUUAAAUUCUCGCCAAACAGCAGCAACAGUCGCUCUAUCUCCGAUGCUGAACGAAAUACUGAAGGGAAUGAUUUUGUUUCGGCGGUUUGCUGGAGGAAACAAAGCAAUAUAAUCAUUGCUGGAAAUAGUGAGGGUAUUAUCAAAAUCCUUGAAAUAGUAUAAUAAAUCUGCAAACGAUCAGCCAACAUCGUUUCAAGGUGUUUCAUAAUGAUUUCACGGUUUUUAAUAAGUGAUCGAGCACAAAUGCGAAUAAAUUUGAAAAACUGUUAAAAGACACGAGAGUGAAAGUCCAAACGUUUCAAACAGUGUUAGUAACAAUGAUAGCUUUACGAUAGUGAUGAAGCGCAUUAUUUUGUUAUACAUUUUUCGAGAUUGUAGGAAAUAUAGAAAAUAAUUGAAUUUGAAUGCUAAGUAUUGACCCAUCCUCUCAUUGUCGAGGUUGAACUGAACUAUGUAAAUAGAGGAACAACCGUUGAUAAUCGCGAACCAUUUCCAAUGAGCUGUAAUAAUAAUCGGUUUGUUGUACUAACAGAGACAAGCUCGUACAGAUUGAAUUUUACAUGAGUCAAUUAUGCUUAAAGCCAAUAAUGCAGAGUUUCUAGAAACAGAAACCUAAUUAAGAGCCCUAUCACAGUGGAAAGCAAAGGUGUGAAUUUAUUUACAAUCUUUGCGUGCAACUCUAGCCAACAACUUAUAGGGAUUUUAAUGUCUAAUUGUUAAGUAUAGUGUAGUACUGAUAGGCUAUCCCUAUUUUUCUAAUUUAAAACUUCUACUAAAUACUGUAACAUGAGAGCACUGAUAAAAGAACACGAUCGAUCCAACAAACUAGGACGUUAACCGGACUUAGUUCGUUUAAACACUGUAGUAUGUAAUGGAAAUCCUACUGCACCUCGUUGAUUUUAAAUCCUUAAUUAAAGUACCUUGUUUAACCGAACAAACGUUGCCUUUAUUCUACAACUGCAAACAAACGUGUUUAGAAUUACGGAAAAAAGUUCUCAAUUUCCACUUUCUAAAAAAGAAAAGGUUUAUGAGUUUUGCUUUUUCAGUAACUUCUAUCCGAGAAAAAUGGCAUAAGCUUUUUAAAUAUUGAAGAAUAAUCCAUUAUGAAGUAACACUUGAUUAGAAUUGUCAAAUCGUAGAAGGUCGUCUCCAGCAAUUUUCGUGUUGCAAAAAACAGCCCGAAUUGAACCAAAAACGAAAAUCAUGCAAAAAGGAUUUGAUUGAUUGGCACGCUACAUUCAGCGGUACCGAAUUUGCCAUAUUAUUUAUACUGUGGGAUAAACAGCGUAUGUAGCGUAUCGAGAGAAAUCAAAAUUUACUUGAAGAGUUAUACAUAUUCUAUGUUGUCGCUGUAUCAUAUUUACUCUUUGUUAUACUGCCGCUCUUCGCAUAUCGGCCCCAUAGCAAAAAAAUCAAGUGGAGAAAACGUC